CGACUCCUGGCGUGGUUAAUUUUAUUUUUUGCCACUGGAUCGUCGUGGCAUCGUUUCCCAACCAAUCUCACGAAGUAGCCACCUCCAACCCGCACAUCCUGCGUAAACCCCUCGGUGCCUACACCCAGCAGGAUCUGAUCUGCUGACGUGUCGGCUCCUGCAGCUUCCCAGUGCUCAUGCUCCAGCAGCAAAGUCGAGCCAGUCAAACAAAACUGCCAGCAUGGCAGCAAAACACUUUUACCGACAGGGCCUUUUGUUACUUUUGUUUAAUUUUAUUUCAACCGCAGCCUUGGAAAAAAGGUUCUCCGACUUUAAAAGAUGCGCCGACCAGGAAUGCAGCAUGCUCCUCUGUCGGGGAAAAGCUAUCAGAGAUUUCUCUGGGCCAGACUGUCGGUUCCUGAAGGUCAAAAAGUCAGAAACUAUCUAUGUAUACUACAAACUGUCAGGCAGAAGGGCCGACAUAUGGGCCGGAAGUGUUGGAAGUAGCUUUGGCUAUUUCCCAAACAACCUUCUUGCAGUUAACCACCUUUAUACUGACAAAGAAAUUGAAGUUCCAUCAGAGGAAACAGAUUUUGUUUGUUUCGACACUGGAUUUGAUAAGUUUGACAAUUACGACAUAGAUCUCCUGUUAGGCUCGACCGUUGAGGAGAACGAUGGAGAAAAUAACUCAACAUCUGAGCAAAGUCAAUCGGCUGAAGGUGAGCCGGAAGAAACGGAGCAGGAAGAAACGGAGCAGGAAGUAACGGAGCAGGAAGAAACGGAGCAGGAAGAAACGGAGCCAUCAGCGGACGAGGCGACUGACAGCGAAAAACAAACUGAGCAUCAUGAUCACUCUGAGUACCUUGAUAAAGUCUCAGAGGAUCACAGUGCCUCUUUCCGUGAACUUGAAGUGGCAACUGAAUCUCCAUCCACGGAAGAAGUGCAGCCCGAAGCAGCAGCUGCACCUGGUGCUACUGAAAGAGCUGAAGGAGAAAACGCAGGAGUUUUCAUUCCUGAAAAUGGGUCAGAAAGGAGUGAAACCAAAGAUGCAACCACAAACUCUCAGGUAGAAUCUGUGCCCGAAGGAGAUUUUCCUUUAGAAAAGGAACCAGUCACGGUUUCUGAAGGUGUGCAAAUCCCACAGUUAAAAACAACCCUGGGAACGACCUUUGAUGCCGUCAUCACCGAAGAAAAAAUCACAAAGAAUGUUACCCCGUACGAAGAGGAGGAGGAGGAAGAGGAGGGUGAAAAUGUGGAAAAAGAAGAGAUUGUUAUUGCAGAAACUCCAUUGUUGUCUUUUUCUGAAGAGACCAAAAACACUCCAGCACCUCCUCCCACAAACGCUCCAGCACCUCCUCCCACAAACGCUCCAGCACCUCCUCCCACAAACGCUCCAGCACCUCCUUCCACAAACGCUCCAGCACCUCCUCCCACAAACGCUCCAGCACCUCCUCCCACAAACGCUCCAGCACCUCCUUCCACAAACGCUCCAGCACCUCCUUCCACAAUUACUCCAGCACCUCCUCCCACAAACGCUCCAGCACUUCCUCCCACAAACGCUCCAGCACCUCCUUCCACAAACGCUCCAGCACCUCCUUCCACAAACGCUCCAGCACCUCCUCCCACAAACAAUCCAGAACUUCCUUCCACUACUCAGGAUGACAAACUGGAGGCUGCAGAGGAGAAGAACGUGUGGACUUCCAUUGGAGAUGCUGUUUUUUCAGUCGUCACCGGGGGAGAGAGGACAGAAAAAGAGUCAAGUUCAGAGGAGGAGGACGAGGAUGAGGUUGAAGAAGCUGCUUCAACAACCCCUCCGAGUUUUGAGGAAGAGAAUAAAGCCCUAGAAGAAGAGCAAGUACCAAUAGAAUCGUCAGAAAAGCCUGACAAGAUAGAGCCACUGUUGUUUGUUCACAACAAUGAGAGUGAUGUCGGAGUGAUCGGACAUGAAGACAACGGGGAGGAAACUCUGAAACCAACUGACGGGCCGAUAAGCCAUCACGUAGAAGCAACUGCAAUAUCAGUGGCUCCGGUAUCACAAGAGGCUCAAGACCCAGAUAUUAAAACAGAUGAAGAAAAAGAAGUGGAGGAGGAAAUGGAGGAGGUGUCCACAGAGUCGGCGGGUAAGGACGAUGAUGGCAGUAGCGUUGCGACGGAGCAAAGGAAGGAUUUGGACAACAAAUUUGGCGAAAUCCAAACGGAGACAAAUAUAGAAAUAGCUGUAACUGAAGCGGAGGAAGAGCGACUCACCGAGGACAGCAAGUCAGAGGAUUUAGUUGUGGAAGAUGAUGCAAAGACGCUAGAUGACCACCUACCGAAUCUUAUGCAUGACCACUUAGUGACCGAUUCAGAGAGUAAUAAUAACGGUCAACCAGAAUCAUCUGUAGAAGGACCGGAGAUUCUCAAGGAACAUAUUAUGGACGAAGGGAAAGGCGAAGAAGAAGAAGAGGAGCAGAUGGAGAUACAGAAAGAGGAGGAGAUGGAGAUCCAGAAAGAGGAGGAGAAAGAAGAUUUACUUGAAGAUGAAAAUGCACUUUCUCUCUCACAAUCUGACCAUAAAGACCCCGAAGCCUCACCUGAAACGGCUCCGCCCCCUGUGACCACCCCAGAGCCGGAGUACAGCGACAGCGUGAUGAGACUGACUCUGCUUCGAGACCACUUCACGGAGGAGAGCAUGGAGAAGCUCCAAAAUGUUCUGGGCCUCAGGAAUCUCUUCAAAGUGGAGGCCAUGUUCUCCGACCUGGACACGGAGUUUCAGGCCUCCCGUCGCUCACACACAGGCGACGUUGAAGGUGCGCUCCAGGCCAUCCUGGAGGCCUCGGAAACCCCCAUCAUGGACGAGAUCGAGAAGAUGCUGGACGGCCGGAGCUCGAUAAACAAUUUUGACCAGCGUGCAGAACGAAGCGGUCCGGACGUCGAGACGGAGCUAAUGGACGGCUUCCAGGAGUUUGCGUUCAGCCUCCGAGAGAAGUAUUCCACAGCCAGCGACAGCGUGCCUUUGGCAGAGAAACCCUCCGAGACAGACCACGACGAGCCCAAAUUGCAAGUAGAAGAAGAAGAAGUAGAAACGCCGCACACUGUUGAAGAAGACGUGCUCGACAGUGUCCCAGAGGCGAAGAGGGACGACAACGCCACAGUAGCCGAUCGUGGUGAAAUGCCGGCGGAGACGAAAGAAGACCAGGUGGUGUUGGACGAGGCGCACACCGGACCGGAUGUCAGCGCGGAGGAGGAUGGCGGCGAACACUUUAAUGAAAACAUAGACGACCAGCCGAGCUUUAGUGCUUCAGAUGAGCUGCCCGAAGUCCCUCAAGCAACCCCGGAUAAUCCCUCAGACGUGGGCCAUGGUGUCGAGGUUGAGCCCUCGCCCCCGGAUUCAUUGGACUCCAUGGGACCGGUGUCUGAAAUUGACGAGGACGAAAUUGGAUUAUUUUCAACUGCUAUGGUUUACAUGGGCUGCAUCAUUUCGACGAUCAAGAGUAAAAUGGCAGAGUGGACCAUUGAGGUGGUUUCAUUGCUGCCAGAAGAGUGGAAGCCAGGGGAGACCUUGUUCGGUUGUCCUUGGAAAGCUGUGCUCAUCACUGCUUUGAUUGGAGUAGUGACCUUCACCCUCUUCUUGUGGAGGACCGUGUUGGCGGUAAAAAAGAGAGAAUAUCUCGUGGAUGAAAAAAGGCUAGCAGAGCAAAUUGUGGUACUCAAAAAGGAGAAAAUCGACGCUCUCGCCAAAAUGUCUGAACUUCAAAAACAGACUGAACAAAUGAAAGAAAAUCAAAAACAGUCCAAGGAAACAGUUAGUUGUACGAAGAAAAGGAUGCAAGACCUAGAGAGUAAAGUUUUGGAGGCAAAAACCCUGAAUGAACACAUAGCUGAGGAAAAAAAUAAUUAUGCAAAACUCCUCAAAGACGAGAGAGCAAGGUCUCUGCACAAUGGCACCAGGAUUGAGAAAUUGGAGAAGUCAAACGAGAAGCUACAGCUCAGCAGGAAAAAGAUUCAGGAGGCUCUCGCAAAGACGACCGUUCUCCUGGACGAGGCCAAGAUUCGCGAAGAUGCCCGAAAAGUGCAGCACAAAUCUCUUGAGAAAGAUUAUUCAGCACUAAAAGAAGAAAAUAACACGCUUAAGGCUGCCACGAAGAGCUGGGAGGACAAACACAAGGAGCUGAGCGAGCAGAUUAAAGUCUUUCAAAAGUCGCAGAAAGAGCUGGAGGACUCUGUGGUGCUCAAAGAUCACAACGUGGAGGUGCUGUCUGAACUUCUGUCAGACCUGGACGCUUGUGAUCUGCAAAAAAGCGACGGCAAAGUUUUAGCCAAUGGCGAAGUAGCUCCUGACAAGCGAUCCGCCAUAAAGAACCGGAUCAAACAAAUGAUGGAUGUAUCUCGGGUCCAGACCACACUCACCGUGGUGGAGGAGGAGCGCGAUCGCUUCAUGACCAAACUGCUGACCGAAGAGAAGACCCGAAAGUCCCUGGAAGAGCAACACGAGGAGCUGGAGCACGCGAUCGCAGCGCUGAAGAGCGACAAGAGCCACGUGGAAAACCAGUUGAAGAUCCUGCAGCAGAAAAACGAGAUCAUGGUUGAAAUGUAUCAGCAGAAGGAAAACGCUUUGCAGCAGAGAUUAACGAAGGAAGAGCUGGAGCGACGCAGCAAGGAGAGUCAGCUGUCCGAGGUGGGAGGAAAAGCUGUGGAGGCCGAGGAGCAGGUCAAGGUCUUAAGGCAGCGCAUUAAUGAAAUGGAGGGGCAGAUGAAGAAGACUGAGGAAGUCUAUAAAGAGCAGAUAAAAGAACAGGAAAACAAAACUCACUCAAACUGGGUUAAUGCUCGUAAUGCAGAGCGAGCUCUGAACCAAGAGAAGCUCGAGGCGUCCAAGCUCCGUGAAAAACUGGCUGUACUCACCUCCCAGCUCAAUGAGCGCCGCGCUCCCCUCUUCAGACCCAACUCCGGACAGCCUGCCGGCCCCCGCCAAGGUGACUCGUACGGGCCCUCUCCUGUGAGUGGGGGCGCCCCAUCCCCUCCGAUAAUGAUAGAGGGUCCCAGGCGCCCCCCUUCUGCUCCGGUGGGGCGAAGAAUUGACCCGUACGGUCAGCGACCUCCAUCGGACCCACACGGCCGCUACCUUGAGAGCAAACACCUCUCUGGGAUGGACAUGAUGGGCCCCCGAAGCUCGUCCCCUGCCAACAUGGAUGCAUCGGCAGUAGAGCCACAGAUAAAAGCAGAGGCUCAGGCCAAGGCCCCCACAGGCAGUCCAGAGCCAGGACCUGGAUCCUUCCUAGCGUCUCCGAUCAGGGACUCGCCGGGCGCCAUGGGCCAAGGACCCCCCCUCGGCCCUGGACCCCAUGAGCCGUUCCUCCCUCCUGGGCCGCACAGCCGCCUGCCCCCUCCUGGGCCUUACAGACAUCCACGACCGGGCCUCUACCCCCUUCCACCAAACGUACCUCCUAAUGGACACCCAGGCAUGCCUGGACCAAUGGGAGGAGAGUUUGGACCUCGCCCCGCCAACGGACAUGCAUUCCACCCCCGGCCGGCGCCCACACAUGUGCUCGACCCUCGGGGUCCACCGCUGCCACACUUCCGUCCCCCGAUGCCUCACCACUUCGGGCCGAUGCCUCUGCAGCAUGGCGUCCGUGGACCUAUGGGAACUCGUCCACCCGUGCCCCAUGACAUGCGCUACCCAGGAACACGUGACCACAACAGCCCACCGAUGAACCUGCCUCCAGGCGUCGCUCCCCACGGUCACGGCCCACCGGACUCCCUCCACAACUCGCACAGCGGCCCCAGACAAGACCCCCCUCAGGACCCCCCAAUGGUCAAGCCUUAAAGAUGUCACCAGCUGUGGCAGAGGACUUGGAAUUUAUUCCCAAUCCAUCCCAUUGACCACCCAGAACCAGUCUAAACAAAGGUCAUGAUUAUUUUCAUAUUUCAGUAUAUAAAAAAAUCGCAAGGAUGUUUAUACAAAAAAGAAAAUCCAUUAAUUAAAGCAUCAAUAAUUGUGUCUGAAAUCAAUGUGUAAAGAGGGUUGCCACUUUUCUAAAUCGCUUAUUGUGCAAUAAUAAUUGAAUGAGUAUUUUCGUUUUUAUCUUAAGUUUAUAGCAAUUAUUUUCAAGGGACAAUUUUUUAAAUGUCAUUUCCUGUGGAAAUCAUUUUUAAAAAAGUGGGAGUUUAGCCUCAAGCAUUUCAGGAAUUUCAUAAUUUCCCAAAGCACAUGUGUAAUUUGAUGGCCAGAUGUAUAACUUAUUUUACUAUGUUGGUAGAACUUUUAAUAAUAAAGAAUGUAAAAGCUG